CGGAGAAUGGCAUUGUAGACUCGACUAUCGCGGUCGUGCAGGAAGCAGGAUUGAUGUAUAUGAAGGAGUGGCUUGCUGAGUGGACGCCGUCCGCGUGAUAAUAGACUGAAUCAUUGGGAUUUGUGAAUAGGCAAGUUGUUUAUAUUAGUAACUUUAUUAUAUGUCUCAAAACGGAUCCCGCUGGUUCCUUGUGACCACUCAGGAACCCGCACUGUAUGUGCAGCGUUGUCCUUGAGCUCUAUAGUUCAAGCAGUAUUCAUCGUCUUUUAUAGAAAUUCAUUUGAGCGAAGACUACAUGAUCAAGGCCACUACGUUUAGGGAGCAGUAGUUGAAUGUAGACAGUGCAUCUCGUUCUCAAGGCCACAGCUAUUCUGUUUUGUCUGCACUGUAUGUGAUUCAGAGCAAAGACACUCCUCG